AUGUCAUCCUGGGUUGGCGACUGGGGUUUCGAGCCUGAGGUUGCCAACCUUCUUGAACAUGCUACCUUGCCUGAAUCAAGAUCAUUGGGUAAAACUUCAGACGCAAGUAUUGCCAUGGCUGGAGAGGUUAUGAGUGCUGCCAUAGUUGAGAGCCCCGAAUUUGACUUCAAUGACUAUUUUGAAAGUGCCAACUGUGCCGAUCUAUUAGAAAUCCACCAAGGGGGUCGUCUUGAUGGACUUCCAUAUCUGGCCCUCGAGUCGCAUGAGAUAAAAAGUAGUUCUCAAUUUAAUGGUGCCAUUGACGAUCGCAUCGGUGUCAACUGGCUAAUCGACGAUCGUCGAUCCGAAACAAUAACAACAAGUAGUGGAGAUCAGAGUCAAGAUAUUGAACGAGACGUGGGUAUGAGUUUCGAAGAUUGGCCUUCUUGUUUGGAUUUGGACCUCUUUGAGUCGGAGCCGUUUGCCUGUCUUCCCAGCAACAUGAUUGCUGCGUUCUCUCCUCAAGCCCCAGCUGUUCCAUAG